AUGUGGCUGUCGACUCCCUCGACCGAGGCGCUAACGCGACCGCGACUGGCCGUGGCCGUUGUGUCUGCCGUGGCCGCCGUCUCCGUGGGAUACUUGGCCUACCAGUCCCGCCGAGCCCAGCCUCUACCCGAUGGCCCCUCGGGAGGCAGCCUGCAACGAAGCAACGCCAUCCGACGAACGCCGCGCCGAUCGCGAAGGAACAACCCCACCUCCAGCUCCUCGUCAGAAGCGCCCGGCGACGAGAAUGUCGAGGCCAGCAACCCCCUUGCCGCCGACGCAGAGACGGUGGCCGACGUCGCGGCCCAAGAGUGGUGGAACGACCCUGCCGGCUUCCCGCCCUCUCAGCGCGCAGGCCACAACAUUGUGAACCUGCUCUUUCGCGUCUCCGAGGACAACGCGCGACGAACCGGCUGUGUCCACCGAGGAUGCCAAUGUAAUGCAUGUGGCAUGGUGCCCAUUCGCGGAGUGCGAUAUCGAUGCGCCAACUGCGCCGACUUUGACCUGUGCGAGACGUGUGAGGCCCAGGGCGUCCACAUCAAGACGCACAUCUUUUACAAGAUCAGGGUCCCCGCCCCGCCCUUUGGCCCCAGACAGAUGCAGCCCGUCUGGUACACUGGCGACCCCGACUCGAUUCGCCGCAACCUGCCUAAGGGGCUGAUUGCCAAGCUGACGCGAGACACGGGCUUUGAGCGGCCCGAGCUCGAGGCCUUUUGGGAGCAGUGGACAUUCAUGGCAAACAGCGAGUGGAGGGAGGACCCGGACGACCUGGGCGUCGCCAUGGACCGACAGACGUUUGAGCGCUGCCUGGUGCCCACCGGCGGCUCGCGCCACGCCGCCCCAAACCUCAUCCAUGAUCGCAUGUUCUCCUUUUAUGACUCCAACCACGACGGCCUCAUUGGCUUCUCCGAAUUCCUGCACGGUCUAUCCUACCGCAAGCGCAAGGACAAGCUGCGCAAAGUCUUUGAGGGCUACGACAUUGACGGCGACGGUUUCGUUAAUAGACGAGACUUUCUCCGCAUGUUUCGCGCCUACUAUGUACUCUACAAGCAGAUGCACAAGGACAUCCUUGAAGGACUCGAGGACCAGCUUCGCGCCACCAUCGAGGCCCAGACCGUCGUGGGCACUCGCCUGCCAAUCUCCAGCCUCUUUGGUAGAGAGGGCAGACUCCCCCCAGGCGACGGCACCAUGCGCUUCGAGGGGAAAACGUGUCAUGGCGACGGAAGCAUCGACGUCGAUGACGGCUAUCACGACGCCAUUGUCGACAAUCGCGGGGACACGGCGACCCGCGAAGACAUCUUGACGAGCCUGUUUGCAUAUGAGACCUAUCAACGGCCGCGCCGCCGCUUCGUUGCCCGGAGAGACACGGACACCAACUGGCGCACGGUGCGGCGCCUGAGCGGCUCUGAGACGGACCGGACGUACUGGGUUACUCUCCUGGAACCGCCCGCCACUCUGGAUGAGCUGCCCGGCAUCUUGACCGGAACUAACAACCCGGAGAUGGAGGAGACCGACGACGAAGUGGACGAACAGGCUGAUGAGGAUGUCCAGGAGGACGAGCAUGAAGACGGUAAUGACCAAUCCCAGCGGGACUCCGCUGCCGCCGCCGGCACGUUGCGAACAGACAGCGAGCGUCGGGCCAGGAUGCUUUCGCAAGCCCGCCGCAAGGCACCAAAGUUGGAGAAGCGGCGCCGAGACAUGGCGCGAAACCAGCUUCACGAGAGGUGGAAAAGGCGUCAAUUCUACCUCGACGAGGAAGAGGGCGGCUUGGCUCCGGACGAGUGGGACAACGACGAGGACAUCCUCGCGAAACUCAACAGGGCAGUCGAAGAUGCACAGGCGGCCGACCAGCAAGCCGCCGCACCGGCACGCUCACGUUCAAGCUCCAAGGUUCGGUUUGCAGGAGAAGUAGAUGACUAUGACACGCGGUCUAACCCGUCUACAUCGUCGCGCAGCGUGCCCGAGCGCUGGGGAGGGAUGGAAAUACCCAAUGCCGAACGGGACGCCGGCAAGGAGAUCCUCUACCAGGUGACGCAGCAAGCCUUCAAUGAGCUGCUCGACACAAUUUUCAAGUCGGCAGAGGACUUGGCAGUUGAGGCCGCCGAGACCAAGGAGCAACGGGAGAGGCACAAGGCCGAGAUCGAGGCCAUCGAGCUUGACGAUGAAAAAGAGCGAGGCGCGAAGAGGCCUGAUGAGGAGGGGCAUCAGAGUCCCCGCUCCGAAGAGGCUGUUCACGGCAAAUCCAUUGAGGAUCCGGACGAAGUCCCGGAAGAUGGGCUGUCCGAGGAUGACUACGCGGCUGUGACGGAUGAGCCACGGCAUGCGGUUGAGCUCCAUCACUCGAUCAACCUCUCCGACUUUACGAUACCAUCGGAAUCGUCUGUCACCGGAGACGACGAGCUGGGGGAAUAUCGCGACCCGACGCUGCCCCAGUUCCGCCCCAACAGCUGGCCGGCUGCCAACCACAGCUCGAGCUCUCGACGAUCUUACUCGGCAGACGUGACGCUGGACGACGUCAGCGACCAAGACUGGCAGCAUCCGUCGGACUCGUCGACGGUCAGCGAGCCAGCCAUGGAAACGCUGCGGCGGUGGAAGCUGCUCAACGUGGCCGAGGCCAAGGCGGCCGAGAGAGGCGGCUGGGGACGGCUUGGCUUUGAGGAGUUUGAGACGAUUUACAAGAACCAGGAGGACAUGGGCAACAGGCUCGACUACCUUGGCAGCUGGAUCGACUUUUGCAUCCCCUAG